AUGAAUAACAUAAAUAUAUUUGAAAAUUUAAACAAUAACAAAAUCAAAAAUGAUAACGAUGAGGAAGAAGAAGAAGAAGAAGAAGAUAAUAAUCCAUUUUCGGGAACGAAUCAUAUGUUUGCAUCGGGAAUGGCUGGUGUCCCCGAUAUAGAUACAUUAUCAGGGACUACUGAGUUGAAACCAGGUUAUGAAUAUCCAUCACAACAAUCUGCUGAAAAUAAUAAUAAUCACAAAGAUACAACACUUGAUAAUAAUGAUUCACCAUAUAGUGAUGAUGCUAAUUUAUCAACCAUUUCAUCAAGAACACAUUCAUCAUCAAAUAGUUCAGAUAUAGAUUCACAUGAUUUUCAUUCAAAUUCUAAUGUUAAUUCUACUUCAAGUAAUUCUCAAUAUGAACCUUAUGAAAAUUUAUCAUUAUCUGUAGCUUUAGCUCAACAACAAAAUCAAGAAAAUAUUAUGCAAGACCAAAAAGAUUGGCAAAUCAAGAUUGUUGAAUCAGGAAAUUUUAAUGAUCAAUGGGGGAAACAUACUAUUGGCUACGUUAUACAUUAUAACGAUAAAGAAGUAAUAAGACGAUAUUCAGAAUUCAGUUCAUUACAUGAUUUACUAGUUAAAUUUUUCCCAACAAUUGUUGUCCCACCAAUCCCUUCAAAACAUUCAUUAAUGAAAUAUUUUUUAAACCCAAUUAAUGCUCAAUAUGAUACAAAAGUUAUUGAAAAGAGGAAAAGAAAAUUUGCUUCAUUUUUAAAUAAUUGCAAUAACACCCCCGAAAUAAAAUCCCAUAUUAUAUUCCAAAAAUUUUUAGAUCCUGAUUUUGUUUGGAAAGAUGUUAUUCAUUCACCACCAGUUACAAUAUUACCACAGAAUAAUCUCCUAGCUCCACCUUUAAAUCAGGUGAAACCAAGUCCCUUACAUCCAUUAUUGCCGUCUCCGAAUACAUCAAAUAGUCCCACAAAUUCACAAAUUAUGGAUUCGUUAAAGGAUAAUACGGAGUUAAUGAACGUCGCAAAAGAAUUCAUCAAAAUUGAAAGUUUAUUAUCUCAUUACCUAGCUAUUCUACAACCAAUUUAUAAUGAAGUUAAACAUAAUAAAUUUCAUUUAAGUUCAUUAUCAGGACAAUUUGCAGAAUUAGGCGCUUUCUACAAUGCAUUAAGUAUCGAAAAUCUUCCAUUUGGUAAAUUGAGUUCAUGCAUAGAAAAGGUAGGUAGAUCAUACGAUAUCAAAUAUGUAUCAAUGGAAGUAUUAACAGAAGGUAUUCAAAACUUACUAGAAGAAAAUGUAGAAGAAAUAGUAAAGUUACUAUUAGAUUCAAGGAGAGUAAUUGUCUUUAAAAAUAUGAAACUUUGUCAAUAUCAAAUAGUGAAAAUUACACUUCAAAAAAGGCAAAAUCGAUUAAAAGAAUUAAACGAAUUUGAGGAUAAAUUGAACAGAUUGGAUAUGGCUUUAAAUAGAGAUGCAGUAAGUUCUCGAACAGUUGCUACAGUUGUAGAUAAUUUGAAGAGAAAAGAUUAUGAUAACAAUAAAAAAAAUGGUAAUACCAAUACUAAUAAUAAUGUUGAAAGUACAAACCAACCUAUUGAAAGUAAUAAUAAUUCAAAUGAACCAGACUUGGAACAAAUAAAAUUAGAACAAAAACACAUACAAUUACAAUAUCAGUUACAAAAGAAAAGAAAAAAAAUUAAUAAAUAUACUUCAAAAUUGGAUUCCCUCGGACCAGAAUUCUUGACUAAAACAGAAAGGGAUCUAGAGGGUAAAAGGAUUGCUAAAGAAAUCGAAAAGUUAAAUGAAUGCUUUAAGGUUAUUCAACGAGAUAUCAAAGAAGUAAACCUUUCUAGUAUGACUAGCUUGGCUAAUUUACUUCAACACGUUCAAAACAAACUUGACUUCAUGUUGCACGGGAUUGUGAAGCUUAUAUUAAACUACAAUUUAGAAUGCUUGAACGCUUGGAAGGAGGCCAAGAGUUUAAUAAAUGAGAUGUAA